CCACCACGCGUCCACAAACCAUGUUAGACUCCAGUUCACUGUCAUCCCUAUCGCCCUCUCCGGAGCCGACACCGUCUAGUCUCAUGCUUGGUCCGCGUGCUUCUUUGCGACGGAAUGCUGCCAGAAAGGCCGCUGACAACGUUAGAGAGCAACUGGUUAGUUCGGACGAUGAAGACGAAGAGGGCAGCAGCACCGUGUACACCACAGAGAACGUUCAUUCAAAGCCGCACGCACGAUCUUUCCUCGACACUAGCCACCAUCGAGUAGGCUAUGGGAAACGGUUAGGUCCCUCAAGACGUCGAACAUCGCCAGCAUAUACCUCGCAGGCUACGAAUCCUCCAACCGCACCUUCUUCUCCAACAGCUGUUCGCGUGCACAGCUCACCUACCACAAUCAAUGCUCCUUCUCAAACCACUCCCCCCAAAACCAUGACGCGUGAUGCUCUGUUUGCAUCGUCCCCUUUAACUCCUUUCACACCUUCGGUGCCUUUGACGCCAUCGAAACGCCGUGCCCGUGGUCGAACGUUGGAAGAGUCACCCUCUCCAACCAAACGAGCGCGUCUAUCAAUGUCUCAACCGAUUAUGUCUGAUUCAACCCGAACAGUCCAGUUGACUCCAUCGAAGAGAAAGAUUAUGGAUGAUAAUUGGAGUCGAGAGCGGUUAGAAGGCGUUGUUUGGGUCAGACUAGAACUUGGGGGCCGUCCCGUAGAAGGGAACGAGGGGCCAGAUGGAGGAUACUGGUGGGUGGCUAAACUGAACUGCGAAAGCUGGAGGACACCACUCCUCCUGGGACUGAUUGGUGACGAUGGACACCUACCGAAUCGCUUGCUUACCUUGACUUCGCCAUCGUCGGCGAAUCUUCUCACUUUCAACGAUCCACGGACUAUGCUGCCUAGAUUUGACAUCUACACUUCCCGACUCCCAGUUGACGCGCAUACCCAGGAAGAUGGCACCUCAAAACAGAAAGCAACGAAGCAGAAACCAAACAAAAGGGAAGAAACCCGUUGGGCGAGCAUGAUGGCUCUGGCUCAUGCUCUGCAUGAAGACGAUUUACCGGAGAUAGAAGACGCACUGAUAGAACCUAUUAAACCUAACUUUGAUGCUACGAACGGUUCGCAAAGGACAUUAAAACGGAAGGAGAGAGUUGAACGUAUGCUUGAGGAAGAAAGGUCUGAUGUCCUGCAGCAGGUCAUUGAUGCAGGCCCAGAUUCCACGCUGGAGAUUCCCGGGGAGCUCGUUCUUGCACAAGAUCGAAGUACUGCUUUCUGGCCCGCUAUUAUUCAUGCAUACGAGCCUGCUACCGCGACAAAAGGAAGAAAUCGAUUCGGACGAUAUCGGGUGGAAUACAUGGAUCGCACGUUUGGGCAUUUGAAGCGAGAUCAGUUCUUCUCACGGGACGAAGACGGGUUUGCCACUUGCAAAUUGGGGACGUUUACAAAUCAAGCUGAUGAUGAAACGGAUGAUGAACGAGAGGCCAACCGGCCUCCUACACCGACACCUUUGCCUCCUCCUCCUCCCAAUGUCGUGGCUGCGCUAAGUAUGCCCAUUCGCGACUUGUUGCGUCACACUCGGAAUGUGCUCCAGCUUGUCAUUUUGUCUAAAUACCCCCCAAGCAUUGAUCGUUGCGCUGCGUUUUACAAGGGCGGCCGCGACAGGAAGAACCUUGCAACAUUCGGUACAGAAAUGGGCAGUUUUGAAGCAAAUACUAGGGCUGCUAUUCGAAAGGAAGUUAUACGAUGGGCUCUAGGCACGACUUCAUCCGGCCCAUCCCUGGGGGCGGACGCAGGCCUUGUAGAGGUGUCAAGUGCGCCGUCAACAGAACAAGAGACAGCCGUGGAAAGCCAAUCGAGCGAAGAAGACGAGCGGCAAGGGGAAUACAAGCAGCUACACAACGCACCGCCUGCCGCACCUGAUGACAACAUGAAGGUUGGCGGAAACAUGAAAGUUACGAUUCAGCAACGACCAAGAGGUUGUGAAGCAUACGAAGCGCUAAGCGAGCCUGAGCGGCUACAGUUCUCGAUUGACAUUUUGGUGCCUGAGGCUGCCAUGCAACUGCUCGCAUGGCACGGUGGAUAUCGAUUCAGCAUUCCGGGGCCGUCAGACUCCAGCGGUGACCUCUCUCCUGAGGUGAUUGAGACAGAAAACAACCUCCACAACACACUUGCCCAGCUCGCCUUGAUACGACCGGCAAGUGAGUGGGUUAACAGGGUCACGUCUGUUCGAAGUUCAAGGCGGGCGGCUUUGGAAUCCAAAGGUGUCAUUCAAACAGAAGAAAACGUUCCUGAGGUAAAGAGAUUGACUGGGUCGUUUUCAAGACCCAACGCGGGCAGAAAGAUUAAUGGAAUGUGGUUCGUCGUCUGGAUAUACGUCUAUGCUGAUGCUACAGAAUGA